AUGACCGUCUCCAUCGUGGGAGUUGAAGACGUUCGAGUGUCUAUAGAUCUAGCCUUGGACGAACUGCAUGGAUCACUGCGCAAGGUCAAUCACGAGAUUUGGUCAAAUCCCGAACUCGCUUUCAACGAACACCGCGCCCAUGAUACAAUCUGCGAUUUUCUUGAGAAGCAGGGCUUCGCCGUCACACGCCACGCCUAUGGCCUGGAUACUUCCUUUGAAGCAUUAAGUGGAUCUGGAGGGCGUCUAGUUAACUUCAAUGCGGAAUACGAUGCGCUUCCGGACAUCGGCCACGCAUGUGGUCACAACCUUAUCGCCACGAGCAGCAUCGCUGCUUUCUUAGCCCUGUCGUUUGCCUUGAAGAAACACGGCAUCCCUGGGCGAGCGCAGUUGCUGGGAACACCAGCAGAGGAAAACGGUGGCGGCAAGGCGGACCUGAUUAAUGCGGGGGCAUACAAGGGCGUGGAUAUUUCUCUCAUGGCUCAUGCUGGUCCUAAGAAAAUCUUUGCCGACCAAGGCGAAGCAGGAGGAAUUGCUGGCACCUUGAUGAAUGCCCGCAAGAAGAUCAUCUGCGAGUUCACCGGCAAGAGUGCCCACGCAGGGGGUAACCCAUGGGACGGCGUCAAUGCGCUCGACGCCUUGAUUUCCGCAUAUAAUAACGUGGCCGUACUGAGACAGCAAAUCCUGCCAGAGCAACGAAUCCACUGCGCAUUUGUCGAUACCCCCAAAGUGGCGAAUGUGAUCCCGGAAUACACCAAGGCUUACUGGCAGGUGCGCAGUCCUUCCCUCAAGGGUUUGAAUAGCUUGGUUUCCAAGGUGCGGAAUUGCAUUCAAGCUGGUGCCUUAGCGACAGGGUGCGAGAUCAAGAUCAAAGAAGAGGAACUCUACACGGAUGUACGGUUAAACGACACCCUCUGUGAGCGAUACCAAGUUCACAUGGGCGGAUACGGUCGCAAGGUCAUGAAGCGUCAUGAUAAGGUCCUCACAGCCUCGUCAGAUAUCGGCAAUGUGAGCUACGUCACCCCCACCUUACACACCAUGUUCGGAAUACCGACCCCGGAAAAUACAUUCCCGCAUCACCCUUCAUUUGCCGUGUCUGCGGGAACCGACGAGGCGCACACAGAGGCUGUCGUGGUUGGCAAGUCGCUGGCGCUCAUCGGGUGGGAGAUGCUCACGGACGAGACGCUGUUCGCGACCACGCGGCGGCAGUGGCAGGCGGAGAUCGAGCGGGAAGACUAG